AGAUUGGUCUAUAACGGGCCCCUCGGUUAAAACGGGCCCCACGAUUGGCACGACACCAAGCGGAUUUUUUCGGUGACUCUGAAUGCAAAUAGAACCAGCUUAGUUUAAUGAAUAUGCAUGAUUGUUUACAUUGCGUUAAUAAUUGACAGGGUCUUGUAAAAACGUGUCGAAUCAAUUAUAUCAAUUUCUCUUGUUUUAUUUGACGUUACGAAAUCACAGACCUACAAGUCAUAUCGUCAUAUCGAGUUACAAGCUUCUUCAAUAAAAUGGGACGGUAUAAAAGAACAACUGAAAGACAAACGUGGUCAGAGACAGGUAUGGUCAAAGCAAUUGAAGCAUUACGUACAAAAACAAUGGGAUUAAAGAAAGCCUGUAAACUUUUCAGCGUACCCCGUUCAACACUUCAGCGGAGGUACAAGUCAAGUCUAGCAAGUGGAGCAGCAGCUGCAAAAAGACUCGGCUCAAGGUGCAAUGUAUUCGAUACGGAAACUGAACUGGAACUUGUUCAGCAUAUAAAAACCAUGGAAAGUAUGCUUUUUGGUUUCACACCUAAGCGCUUACGAAAACUCGCAUAUCAACUAGCGAAAAGUAACAAUAUCCAUGAAAGAUUCAGUUCUGUCAAAGAAGAAGCAGGUCUGGACUGGUAUAGAGGAUUUAUGUCACGACAUCCAGACCUGUCUUUAAGAAUGCCAGAGCCAACUUCUUCGGCACGGGCACAAGGCUUCAACAAAGUUGUUGUUGACCAGUUUUUUGAUUUGCUCACUGAGUUACAGACAAAGCACCACUAUAGUCCAGACAGGGUAUACAACUGUGACGAGACUGGUUUCACAACUGUGCCGAACAGACCUUCCAAGGUGAUAGCAGCUCGGCUCAUGCUACUCGUUUGA